AUGCUUAACUUUCUUUUUAUUGGAUCACUCUGUGAUGAAAUACAUAAAAACGAAGCACAUACUUCUAUCGUUAAACGCAACGAGAAAAAGAAGAAAAUUACAGAAUUAAUUGAUUUUCAGGAAGUCAAAAAUAAAUAUCCAGCUAUUGUACCACUUGCAUCACUAAUAGAAACAAUUGAUGUAUCUGAAUCAGAUUGCUAUACAAAUGCUGUAACAGAUCUAAAAAUAAAUUGCAAUACUAUCGAGCAAAAACAAAAUGAACAACUUAGAAAGAAUUUAUCUCUUAGGUUCACUCAAUGCUUUUUUAAAGCUUCAAACAAAUACGAUGAAUCAUAUUUUAUUGAUACUUCAAAUAUGCCGACUCAUGUUUAUAAUAUCUAUAUUACAUUUGAUCAGCAUAUCACAAAUCUAUGCUUCUUUGCACGCGGUGAAGCUUUUAAUGCUCAAACAACAGAACAACUAAUUACACUCUUCAAUAAUGCUGUACAUUCUGCUGCAGUGGUAGAAAAUCUCACUACAGAGUUUAACAAGUCUUCAGAGAAUCUACAAAACGCUAUUGACAAAAUCAGCGAAACAUUAAAGGAAGGAAAAGAUUCUUUAGAACAAAUACACACAAAGAUCUUAGAAUUCCAAAUUAAUAUUGGUGAUGUAUCUUUUGGCUUAGAUCUUCUUGUCAAACACAUUGAUCGCUUAAAGAUUUACAUUCUUGUGCUGCUUUCCGCGUUUAUAACAGCAUACUAUUUACCAGAGAUUCUUAUUCCUGUAUCUCUUAUUACAAUUUUGUUAUUCUUCUUUGAUAAAUCCUUAGCUAACAGAUAUAUCUGGUGGGAUGAAUCAUUGCUAAGGAAACUAUUCAAAGCACUUUAUCUUGCAGCAUGCACAUCAUAUCCAAUCUAUUUGCUGUUUAAUUAUAUCUAUGGUUUAAUUGAAUCAAUAAUUGAAACAAUGUAUCCUUCCCGCAGAAGGAACAUUCAUAUCCCAAGCUAUAGGAGCACAAAAAAGAAUUUGUUUUAG